AAAUGAUUGUUAUGGCUGUCAUUUACGCCGACGUGGCAGCCCAGCAGAAGAAGUUGCGGCCCUUCGUCGGGAGUUCAACCUAAACAAUCACAGAUGGCGACCAAUUCUAUAACGCGUUUCAUAACUAAUGUGGUUAUACCGUUUGUGUUUGUAGUGUGCAUAUUGCUGUCACUUCCGUUGGCAUGCGGGCACGGGCAUAGCCAUGACCAUCACGGGCACAGCCACGAACAUCACGGUCACAGCCACGAUCAUGGCAUGCACGAAGAACCCCCGGCUUUUAAAUGGAGCAAACAGGCCAACGACCCUUACGUAGAAAAGGACGAAGAGGCCGACCAUCAUCAUCACCAUGAACAUCAUCAUGAAGCAGAAAAAACGGGUGGCAGUGCCCCCAAGUCAAGCGUCUGGUUCGAAGCCAUAGUGGCCACCUUGGCCAUCAGUAUCGCGCCCUACUUGAUCCUCUUCUGUAUCCCCGUCAGGAACAGCGUCGAACACCAGCCCUACCUUAAGAUCCUCCUGGCUUUCGCGUCCGGAGGCUUGUUGGGAGAUGCUUUCUUGCACCUCAUCCCUCAUGCCUUAAUGGCACAGGAGGCUCUCAAGGAAGGAGGUAGUCAUUCCCAUUCCCAUUCUCAUUCUCAUUCUCAUUCUCAUUCUCAUGAUGAAGGCAAUGGAGGAGGGCACGGUCAUGACAUGACGAUUGGCCUGGCUGUUCUUGGCGGUAUUAUUGCAUUCCUCGUUGUGGAAAAAGUUGUUCGUGUCUUCAAAGGGGGCCACUCUCACUCCCACUCGCAUGUUGUCCCAGUAGCAACAGAAGACGAGACAAAAUCGAAGGAAGAAAAUAAAUCCGAGGAAAAGGAGGAAGAUGAGUCUGAAGGUAAAGACCAGAAUGGGGUCCAAAAAGAUGAAAAAACCUUGGAGGUUUCAGCAACAGAUGGUUCAGGUGAUAUCAAGGUAGCUGGAUACCUAAAUUUGGCAGCUGAUUUUACUCAUAACUUGACUGAUGGCCUUGCCAUUGGUGCUUCAUUCUUAGCUGGGAAAAGUGUGGGAAUUGUAACAACUGUAACAAUAUUUCUUCAUGAAAUUCCACAUGAAAUUGGUGAUUUUGCUAUACUUCUACAAUCUGGAUGUAGUCGUAGGAAGGCAAUGAUGCUUCAGCUAGUUACAGCCUUGGGUGCCUUAACUGGUACAGUGAUAUCUCUUCUAGCAGAAGGUGCAGAUGACUCCUCAAUUGCUUGGAUCCUGCCAUUCACUGCUGGUGGGUUCAUCUACAUUGCUACAGUGUCUGUAAUCCCUGAGCUUUUAGAGAGUUCCAGGGUAUGGCAGUCUGUAUUUGAAAUUUUAGCUCUUCUUGGAGGUGUUGCUCUCAUGAUGGUUAUUGCUCAUUUAGAAGAGAUGGGGCAUGAGCUUUAACAUUUUGUAUUUGAUUAAGCAUUGGUUCAUGGCAAUGCGGGAGUGUAGUAUAGUUUUGUGGCAUUGUUUCCGCCCAUUUCAUUAGUUGCAGAAACCUGUUGUUAAACUACUCGUUGAUAGGCUCAGUGAAGGAAUCUUAUGUCGUGUGACAUUUUUAGGGCUGAUUUAGAGCGCUGUCCUUUUAAACCCAAAACUACACUCCAGGCAUAGACCAUUAGUAGUAGCUUUAUAUAAUCUGUAAUUAGGAAGUAUUCGAUAAGUAUGUUACACAGUAUAUCAUAUACUGUAAAGUAACAUUUAACAGUAGCAUUAUAGGCAUACAGUAUGAGGGGAAAUUUGUUUUUGAUCUGAUAUUUUUCAUUUUAGAGUAUGGCUUUAAUAACUUCCAUUUAUUUAAAGAAAUAAAAUGUCCAAUUAUGAAAAUACCAGACAAAUUUACCAUAAGUGAUGAUGUUUGCAUGAUAUUCAUUUUGUGAGGAAAAGUGGAAACUAAAUGCUGAUUAAUAAUUGAAGGAAUAAGAUAUGUUUGAUACUUCUACAAGAAGAAUUGUUAACUGUCGAGGAUUUGAUCAAUUUCAUCUUGAAGCUCUUGUUAUAGAACUAUUUAAAAUUCCCUUCCAUUUACAUUUAGAAACUUUUUGGAAAUGUUUUAUACUUUGUAUAGUAGCUACAGUGCAGGCUUGAUAAUGUCUGUUACAUUUUGUUUCAUAAUGCAUUAUUUAUUUUUAAAUUUACAGAUUUUAUAUUUUUAUACCUGAAUUAUAUUAGUAAAGAAAAUAGUACCAAUUUAAGAAUAAAGACUCAUAGAAUUGUUGAUAGGAACUUCACAGAUGUUUAAAAUGACAUAUCUUGUUAUAAUUUAGAGAAGAAUUUCCUAUAGCAGUGAAAGAAAUGGGACUUGUCAUUCCUCAGUUAUCUUCAUGAGUCAUUUAUGUAAAAAUUAUAUUCCUACUGAAUUAUAUAUCAUACAUAAAAGUUACAUAAGGUUUACAUCUGUCUGUUUAUAAAAGAGGCCUAGUUUUUAUGAUAAGUCAUUGCUGGGGAUGGGUAAUAGCUAUGCAUCAAUUUUAUUUUUUUGAAGCAUUUCGCUUGGAAAUUUUUUCUUUGAAGUGGUGACCAUACAGGUUUUCACAUACAUUCUUGUUUGGCUUAAAGAGAAAUAAUCCCCUUCGGCUGUAGGGAAGGCAGAUCAUAAGAGAUUACAGAAACUGAAGAAUCAAAGCACGGGAACUGUAUAAUUCAAUACCCUUUUGGUUUUUUGUGAGCACAAAGUAUUGAUUGAUUUACAGUACGUAGUUUAUUUCACACCACAGGUGUAAAUGUAGCACUGUCAGUUUUUUGACUAGUUGUUUGAAGACAUUCCUGCUUUAAUUGUAGACUAUUUUGUGUAAUUUUCAAGACAUACAAAACCAACAAUUUCUGGUGUCAGACCCUUUUGAUGAAUACGUAACUGGUUUUUCUUGUGGAGGACCACGCCAAAUUAAAAUUCUCACGAUGAAGAGAAGAAGUAGGCCUGCUAUAAUUUUGCUGAGUAAUCCAUGAUUUAGCUCCAUUUUAUUCAGCUCUUUAGUUUUUGUAAAUUACAUAACACCCUGUAUUUAAUCCCUGUCAGCAACAUACUCUUAUUAGGCAAUAGCGACAUACAUUUCCAUUAUGAAAUCUGAUUUUCCAGCUACAUAUACGUAUAUUUUACAAGAAGAGAAAUUUUAAAUUUUACACUUGAAUGGUUUGUCAGUAUAAAGGCAUUUACCUUUAUAGAUAUUAUAAGUUGUAUAUAAAAGAAAAUACAUACAGAAAGUAAUUUGUUCCCUAAAGUAAGUUGAGGUCCUCAGCAAACAGAUGCAAUAGAAGGGAUGUCAGUAUCCUUUAUAAUCUGAGCAUCAGUAUCCCACUUUUAACGCGAGACACUUUCUGUUCAUUGUUAAGAUUGUAAUGUCUGCGGAAUCAGAUGGCAGUCAUGAUAUUAAUGUUUUGCAUAAUUUUUUGGAUGUUUCUAAAGACUGCAGUGCACAUUGCAGUACCCUUGUGUACUGUGUUAUGCAACUACAGUUACAGUAACCAGUAUUCCUUAUAUCUUAUAUGGUCAUCAUGAGAACAAUUUGUGUAGAUCAAGAAAAACUAAAUCUACAUCAGGAAUAUUGCUUUAUGUAUUAUUGGGAAAACUUGUUUAAUAUAGUGGUCUGGUUAUCAUUAUUAUUAUUAUUAUUAUUAUUAUUAUUAUUAUUAUUAUUAUUAUUAUUAUUAUUAUCAUCA